CGGAGCGCCCUGCCCCCGCUCCUCCCGCGCCUCCCCCAGCCGCCUCGGGGGCAGGAGCGGCUGCGGCCUCAUUGGCCGGCGCGGGUGAAGGCCGCCGGCAUAUAUAGGACCUCCGGGGGCUGGCGGGAUCCGCCGCCCGCCGCCCCGCGUCCCGCGCCGCCCGCCCGCCGCUCCUGUCGGGUGAUGGACGACUCACAGCCUGCCUUGGGCGCAGCUCUCUGGGUUGUCAUCCUGGCCACGCUGGGCUCUGUGGCCAGCCAGCCCCUGGGGGCUGAGUCCUUGUGCACUGCCCGACCGCUGGCCAAGUACAGCCUAACCUUCACGGGCAAGUGGAGCCAGACGGCCUUCCCCAAGCAGUACCCGCUGUUCCGGCCGCCUGCGCAGUGGUCAUCCCUGUUGGGCGUGGCUCACAGCUCCGACUACAGCCUGUGGCGGAAGGGCCAACAUGCCAGCAAUGGGCUGAGGGACUUCGCAGAGCGUGGCGAGGCGUGGGCCCUGAUGCGGGAGAUGGAGGCCGCUGGGGAGCGGCUGCAGAGUGUGCAUGGUGUUUUCUCAGCCCCAGCUGUGCCCAGUGGCACCGGGCAGAGUGCCACGGAGCUGGAGGUGCACUCGAGGCAUUCGCUGGUGUCCUUCGUGGUCCGCAUUGUGCCCAGCCCCGACUGGUUUGUGGGCGUCGACAGCCUGGACCUGUGUGAGGGCAGUCGCUGGCGGGAGCAGGUGACCCUGGACCUGUACCCCUAUGAUGCGGGCACAGACAGUGGCUUCACCUUCUCCUCCCCCAAUUUCGCCACUAUCCCCCAGGACGCUGUGACUGAGAUCACGUCCUCCUCCCCCAGCCACCCGGCCAACUCCUUCUACUACCCCCGGCUGAAGGCCCUGCCGCCCAUCGCCAGGGUAACCCUGGUGCGGGUGCGGCAGAGUCCCCGGGCCUACGUGCCGCCUGCAACAGACCUGGCCAGCAGGGGCAAUGAGAUCCUAGAUAGCCUACCAGCUCCAGAAACGCCGCUGGAUUGCGAGGUGUCCCUGUGGUCCUCCUGGGGGUUGUGCGCGGGCCCGUGUGGACAGCUAGGCACCAAGAGCAGAACCCGCUAUGUGCGUGUGCAGCCCGCCAACGAUGGGAGCCCCUGUCCCGCACUGCAGGAGGAGACCGACUGCGCCCCCGACAACUGUGUCUGAGACCCAUGCUGCCACAGCUGGCCCAGCCCUGCCCUGCCGCGGAGCAGGCCCUCUGCGGGCAGGAGCUGGGUGCUUGAGCAGGCCUCUGUGUCCUCCCAUCCGCUGAGUCGGGACCCUUGUAAUUUAUUGCUGUCCUGCAGGCUGUCACAGGACCCUCCCUGGGCCCAGCACCAACCUGGUGGUGCAAUACCUCAGACCUGGCACCCAGGCCAUCCCUUUGCCUGUCCUGGGUGAGGCUUCGCCAAGGGACACCCAUGCAAAAAAUAAAGGAGCAGUUCCAGAACCUUCCCUUGGUUUUUCACGCUCUAGAACCUUCCCUUGGGUUCUCAGGUUCCAGAGCCUUUCCUGGGUUCUCACACUGCAGAAUCUUCUCCCAGUUUUCACUCUCCAGAACCAUCCCUCAUAUUCUCACAUUCCAGAACCUUCUUUUCAGUUCUCUUGGUAUUUGAAUAAAGAUUCUGUCCCUCACUGGU